UGGAGUGCGCAUGCGUAUGCGCGGUGAGCUCCGGAAUUCGCAUCUGCGCAGGUUGAAACAGUCGCCAAGGAUUCUGCGUGUUUUGUUUAGUUUGAAUAAUUCUGUAAAGGGAUUUUCGACAGAAUAAUGUCUUUGGCCCCAGUACCACCUUACACAUACACACCCCUAAAUCUACUUAAGGAUGGCACUGUUGUCAGUGUCUGUGGUGUUGUGAAGUUCUUUAAGCCUCCGUACUUAAGCAAAGGAACGGAUUAUUGUUCUGUUGUAACAAUUGUGGACCAGACACAUGUGAAGUUAACGUGCAUGCUCUUUAGUAGAAACUGCGAAACCCUUCCCAUCAUUUAUAAAGUUGGAGACAUUGUUUGCUUCCGUGGGCUGAAGAUCCAGGCAUAUAAAAAUGAGCUUCAGGGAAUCAGCACACGUGGUUUUGCGUCUUUAACAUUUGAUGGCACCUUAGGGGCUCCUGUCGUAUCUCGUACUUUAAGCAAGAGCUUUAACUUCACCGCUCAGGACUACAAGAUAGUAGAAACCUUGCGGACUUGGGCAUCCACACACAUUUCAGCUUCUUCCAACUUACUGCAGCUUUCUAAUGCUGAACCCAUGCAGUAUUAUGACCUGACUUGUCAGCUCCUGGGCAAAGCAGAAGUGGACGGAGUGUCAUUUCUCCUAAAGGUAUGGGAUGGCACUAGGACGAAGAUUCCCUCUUGGAGAUUAUGCCUACAAGACAUGGCUUUUGAAGGUGACUUAAGUCACAUUCUGCGGCUACAGAAUCUGGUGAUAGACGUUGUCGUUUAUGAUAAUCAUGUCCAAGUGGCUAAAUCCCUAAAGAUAGGAAGCUUCCUUAGAAUCUACAGCCUCCAUACCAAGCUUCAGCCAGUUAAUUCAGAGUCCCCAACUUCCUUGGUAAGACUCGAGUUUCAUCUUCAUGGAGGAACCAGCUAUGGUCGUGGGAUCAGGGUCUUACCAGAAAAUAACUAUGAUGUGAAUCAGCUGAAAAAAUCUUUAGAAUCUGUAGAUUUGGAAGCUAUUCAGACCUCAGAUGAUACCUAUCAAUCAGACAAUGAGAACUGUUCAACCUUGUCUAGUUCUGAAUCAGACUCAGUUUCCCUGUAUGAGAUGGAAAGAUGUCAGCAACUCUGUGCUACAAAACUUACAGAUUACCAUUGUUUAGAGAAGACAUCGUUGUGUGCCAUUUUGAAGCAAAGUGCUCCUCGACAAUAUCGAAUCAUAGCAAAGCUAAGAUCAUACAUGCCCAGAAGACUUUUACAGUCUGUGAAACUCCUUUGUCCUAAAUGUCAUUUAUUGCAAGAAGUUCCAUAUGAUGAAAAUGUGGAUAAAAUUUUGCAAGAUGCAUCAGGUAAAGCCCCAGACUACAAGCUGCAUGGUACACCAUUAUAUGACUCAGAAGUCUGGACCACAAAAGGCCAAGGGGGACGGCAGGUUGCUGUUCAUUUUGUAAAGAAUGAUGGAAUCCUUCCUCACUCAAGUGAAUGUCUAGUUUUGAUAGAAGGAGGACGGCUCUGUGAAAUCUAUAAACUGUCAAGCAUGUUUCACAGUGUGAUUCCUGUGAAGUCUGGCCCUGAGGACCUGGAGCUCCUAGACCUUGCAGCACCAUUCCUCAUACGAGGAAAGGUGUGUCAUUAUGGAUGUAAUCAGUGCUCAAACUUGAAAUCCAUACAAAACCUAAGUACUAUUCCUAAUAAAAGACUAUGGCUUCCAUCCUCUGUGGCAGAAGCUCUGGGCAUUGUACCUCUACAGUAUGUGUUUGUUAUGACUUUCACAUUUGAUGAUGGAACCGGAGUAUUAGAUGUCUACCUCAAGGAUUCUGACAAAUUUUUCCAGAUCCCAGCAUCAGAAGUACUCACUGAUGAUGACCUGCAGAGAAAUCUGGAAAGGAUCAUGAAUGUUAUUUGUCCUCCAGGAAUAAAAAUAGAUGCAUACCCAUGGCUGGAGUGCCUCAUCAAGUCCUACAAUGUCACAAGUGGAACGGAACCUCAAAUAUGUUACCAGAUAUUUGACACCAUGGUUGCAGAAGACAUCCUCUAGUACUGCUACUCCAUGUAGUAGGUGCAUGGAGGUGGGGGGUGUAGUAGUCUUACAAAAAGUUAUGACUGUGACUCUAAAAACCCACUUCUCUGUUAUUGAAUUAUUCAUUCCAAUUUUCACUAGAACAUUAAAUUCUUUUAUACAGGAAGACA